CAACACUAUUCAGUGCUCUGUUGUCACUUCGCUUGUGAAUUUUGGUCAUCCAAUUUUAAUUGAGGAAUUCACUGAAAAUAUUGCAUUUUCGGGAUUAAAAACACAGCAGUCGUGUACAUUAGUGUUUCCUGCAACCCCGUGAGGUGAUUUCGUGUCACAGGGUUGUGCAGAAAGUGGUUAAAUGUUCGUGUAAAGUGAGUCUCUUGUGGACAGACAAACGAAGCCAUCUUGUGUUUUGUUCUUCAGUGAAUUUUCACUUGAGCUUUUACCGCAUAAAUCUAUUGGAAAACCGAGAAAGAACUGUGGAAAAUGGCGAGUCCAUCGCCACAGAGUAGUCCUAUGCCGCCACCACAGGCACCGAGUCCAAUGGGACCGCCGUCUCAGUCACCGGCACCCUCCCCAUCUCCCCAGAGUCCCUAUCAACAUCCUCCACAUCCCCAUGGCCCGGCGCCUCCGCAGCCUCAUCCUCCACCACCCCAUCUCAAUGGACCACCGCCUCCACACCAUAUCCCACCAACUGGACCGCCCCAUAUGCAGCAUCAUCCGGGAAUGGGGCCCCAUGGAGGAAUGCCUCAAGGGCCACAUCCGGGCAUGUCGAUGCCACCACAGGGACCUCCGAUGCCCCCUAUGGGCUACCAGCCCCACAACAUGCCCCCAAAUGCCGUGAGUCCCACUCAUUCCCUUUUCCAUGGACAGAGAAAUGGACCUCCUGGUCCACCUCCGGGUCAAGGACAACCACCUGGUGGUCCUCCGGUGGGUCCUCCACCAGGUGGUCCACCGCCCGGCCAGGAGAACUUGAGUGCCCUCCAGAGGGCAAUUGAUUCAAUGGAGGAGAAGGGUCUGCAGGAAGAUCCGCGGUAUUCGCAAUUAUUGGCCCUCAAGGCUAAUUCUAAGCAGCAGAUUCUCAAUGUCAAUCAGAUGCAUAUGCUGCGUGCACAGAUAAUGGCCUAUCGUCUGCUGGCACGCAAUCAGCCACUGACUAAGCAGAUUGCAGCUGUGAUUCAGGGUCAGAGGCCAGAUGGUACACCACCACAGUGUCCAACACCACCGGCAAGUCCCUUUCAGCAGCAACAGCAGGCACAGCAGCAGCAAAUGCAGCAGCAGCAGGCGCAGCAACAGCAACAGCAGCAGCCACAAAUGCCGGGACCUCCGCAGCAGCAGACAAAGUCACCCAAUAUGGAUCAGAAACCGCCACCACCGGUGAGUUUCGGCGGGAGUCAAAUGGGCUAUAGAGUUGCUCAUGUGAACGCUUUCCCGCAGGUGAGCGGUGGCCAGCCACCGGUUCAGAGUCCGAUGGCGGGCAUGGUGCCGAGUGGUCAGCCGCCACAUGGGCAACAGCCGCCUCCGCAGCAGCAACAACCGCCGCAUAUGCAUCAGCAGCAGCAGCAACAACCGGCUAGACCGAGUUCUCAGGGUCCAGCUCAGGCACCACGGCCAGGAGCCCAGGCUCCGCCACAGCCUCAGCAAAUGCCCAAGCAGAAUCGUGUGACCACUGUUCCCAAGCCGGCUGGUCUCGAUCCCAUUACCAUUCUGCAGGAGAGAGAGAAUCGCUUGGCCACCAGGAUUGCCCUGCGAAUGGAAGAGUUGACCAAUUUGCCCACAUCGAUGCCGGAGGAUUUGAGAAUUCAGGCACAGAUUGAAUUGCGAGCUCUGCGGGUGCUCAACUUCCAGCGACAGCUUCGCAGUGAGAUUAUCCAGUGCACCAGGAGGGACACAACUCUCGAGACAGCUGUCAAUGUGAAGGCGUACAAGAGGACAAAGCGUCAGGGAUUGCGAGAGGCUAGAGCCACGGAGAAGCUGGAGAAGCAGCAGAAAUUGGAGGCAGAACGCAAGAGGAGGCAGAAGCACCAGGAAUUCCUCGCGGCUGUUCUGCAGCAUGGCAAGGAUUUCAAGGAAUUCCACAGGAACAAUCAAGCCCGUAUGGGGCGCAUGAACAAAGCAAUUAUGAAUUACCAUGCCAAUGCUGAGCGUGAGCAGAAAAAGGAGCAAGAGAGAAUUGAGAAGGAACGUAUGAGACGUCUAAUGGCUGAAGAUGAAGAGGGAUAUAGGAAGUUGAUUGAUCAGAAGAAGGAUAAGCGUCUGGCAUUUUUGCUGUCGCAGACAGAUGAAUACAUUGGCAAUCUCACAGAAAUGGUGAAGCAACACAAGGUGGAGCAGAAGAAGAAGCAGGCUGAUGAGAUGGUGCGCAAGAAGCGCUGGAAGAGGGAAUUGUUGCAGAAUGGUGAGUAUAUGUCAAUCGAUGAGAGUUGCCAGGCGGCCGAUUUGCGCGUGACGGUGAUGGAUCCCAGCACUGGGCAGAAGCUCCAGGGUGAGGAGGCACCGAUGCUGCGUGAUCUGCAUCGUUGGCUUGAGGCUCAUCCGGGAUGGGAAUGGGUGGAGAGUGAAAGUGAUUUGGAUAGUGAUGAAGAGGAAGAGAGGCGGAAGGAGAAGAAGGAAGCUGAGGAUAACCAGAACAAGGGAGAUAAGACCGAAGAAGACAAGACCAAGGAGAUGAUCAAGAAGGCAAAGGUGGAGGAUGAUGAGUAUCGAACGGAAGAACAAACAUACUACAGCAUUGCCCAUACAGUUCACGAGAGUGUAACUGAGCAGGCUAGUAUCCUGGUGAAUGGGAAGCUAAAGGAAUACCAGAUAAAGGGUCUUGAAUGGUUGGUGUCUCUGUACAACAAUAAUUUGAAUGGAAUCUUGGCUGAUGAAAUGGGUUUGGGCAAAACGAUUCAAACUAUCGCUCUGAUUACGUAUUUGAUGGAGAAGAAGAAGAACAAUGGACCAUUCUUGGUCAUUGUACCCCUUUCUACAUUGUCUAAUUGGGUUUUGGAAUUUGAGAAAUGGGCGCCAUCUGUGUGCGUUGUGUCGUACAAAGGAAGUCCAGCUGGACGACGUCAUGUGCAGAAUCAGAUGAGAUCAACUAAAUUCAAUGUACUCCUCACAACGUAUGAGUAUGUCAUCAAGGAUAAGUCGGUUUUGGCCAAAUUGUCCUGGAAGUACAUGAUUAUCGAUGAAGGUCAUCGUAUGAAGAAUCAUCAUUGCAAAUUGACUCAAGUGCUCAAUACGCACUACAAUGCACCCCAUCGGCUUUUGCUAACAGGAACUCCGCUACAGAAUAAAUUGCCUGAGCUCUGGGCCCUACUAAACUUCCUCCUUCCGUCGAUCUUUAAGAGUUGCUCGACAUUCGAGCAAUGGUUCAAUGCUCCGUUCGCUACAACGGGCGAGAAGGUGGAACUGAAUGAGGAAGAAACUAUUUUGAUUAUUCGACGUCUGCACAAGGUACUGCGGCCCUUCUUGCUGAGGCGCUUGAAGAAAGAAGUGGAGUCACAGCUGCCGGAUAAGAUUGAGUACAUCAUCAAGUGCGAAAUGUCUGGAUUGCAGAGAGUUCUCUACAAGCACAUGCAGAGCAAAGGUGUUCUCUUGACGGACGGCAGUGAGAAGGGUUCAAAGGGCAAGGGUGGCGCUAAAGCUCUAAUGAACACCAUUGUACAGCUUCGUAAACUGUGCAAUCAUCCAUUUAUGUUCCAGCACAUUGAAGAGAAAUAUUGCGAUCAUAUUGGGGGUCAUGGUGUUGUUUCUGGACCUGAUCUCUAUCGGGUUUCUGGGAAAUUUGAACUUCUCGAUCGGAUCUUGCCGAAGCUCAAGGCAACCAAUCAUCGAGUUCUGCUCUUCUGUCAGAUGACUCAGUGCAUGACAAUUAUUGAGGAUUAUCUCAGCUGGAGGCAAUUCCUCUAUUUGCGUCUCGAUGGUACGACAAAGGCCGAGGAGCGUGGGGAUUUGCUGAAGAAGUUCAAUGCUAAGGAUUCGGAUUAUUUUGUCUUCUUACUGUCAACUCGAGCUGGUGGUUUGGGAUUGAAUCUCCAGGCGGCCGAUACGGUGAUAAUCUUCGAUUCGGACUGGAAUCCCCAUCAGGAUCUCCAGGCGCAGGAUCGUGCUCACAGAAUUGGACAGAGAAAUGAAGUGCGAGUGCUGAGGUUGAUGACGGUGAAUUCGGUGGAAGAGAGAAUUCUGGCGGCAGCUCGUUACAAACUGAAUAUGGAUGAGAAAGUCAUUCAGGCGGGAAUGUUCGAUCAGAAGUCAACAGGGAGUGAACGUCAACAGUUCUUGCAGAGUAUUCUGCAUCAGGAUGAGGCUGAGGAGGAGGAGGAGAAUGAGGUGCCGGAAGAUGAGAUGAUUAAUUUGAUGAUAUCGAGGAGUGAUGAUGAAUUGGAGUUGUUCAAGAAGAUGGAUGCUGAACGAAAAGUCGAAGAGACGAAAGAUGGAAGGCAGAAGGGAAGACUUAUUGAUGAAUCUGAGUUGCCGGAUUGGCUAGUAAAAGAGGAUGAAGAAGUGGACAGAUGGAAUUAUGAGGAGGAUAGUAUUCUCGGAAGGGGAUCGCGACAGAGAAAAGAGGUCGACUACACGGAUAGUUUGACAGAGAAGGAAUGGCUAAAGGCAAUAGAUGAUGGGAUUGAUUUUGAUGAUGAGGAAGAAGAGGAGAAAGAAAAGAAGAAAAAAGGUCGAAAGCGCAAAAGCAAGCGUGCUGAAGAUUCAGAUGAUGAUAGCGUAAGUGGAAUGCCGGUAAAGAAGCGCAAGGGUCAGACGGAUCCGAAGUUGAAGAAGCAAAUGAAGCGUAUUAUGAAUGUCGUGAUGAAGUAUUCAGAUGCCGAUGGACGAAUACUCAGUGAGCCUUUUAUGAAGUUACCGUCAAAACGGGAACUUCCCGAUUACUACGAGAUCAUCAAGAAGCCUCUGGAUAUCAAGAAGAUCCUCCAGAGAAUUGAUGAUGGAAAAUAUGUGGAUUUCUCCGAUCUCGAGCGUGAUUUUAUUCAAUUGUGUCAGAAUGCUCAGAUCUACAAUGAGGAGACCUCUUUGAUCUAUGCUGAUAGCAUCAUGCUGCAAUCGGUCUUCUCAAAUGCCAAGCAAAGGGCAGGGGAAGCUGUUGAGGAGUCUGAAGGGGAAGCAGCUGGUUCCUUUGGCGAAGAUGACGACAAUUCGGACGAUGAAUCUGGAAGUGUGAAGAUGAAGCUGAAACUGUCGAAGGGCGGAGCAGCAUCAUCUUCAUCGUCAUCGUCAGCAAAGAAGGCGACGCCUGUUGUGACGACUUCGGGGCGCAGGAAGAGGACUCAGAAGAAGUACACCAUCUCUGAUGACGAUGAUGAUGACAUGGAUUGAAAAAGGUGCCCAGGAGGAGGAAGCAAAAGUGGUAGGACUCGAUCACAGCAGUAGGUAAUUAAUAAUUAUCAUGCGCACCAACUUUCUCUUCAUCUCUCUAAAAUGGGUAAGGUUUAUUCGAUUAAGAGUCUCCGAGGAAAUUUUCGUCUUUUUUUUUGAUAGUUCUUUUAUCAAUUUGUAGUGAUUUAGUGAUUUUUUCUUUCAAUCUAAUAAACAUUAUUAACUAAGUGUAUUGUGGAAUGUCACGUAGAAUGAAGGUAAUAGAGGAGUUUUGCUGCUUUUUUAGCUGCAAAAGAAGGGAAUGGUGGGAAGGGAUUAAACAGAAACGUGACAAAAAAAUUGCAUAGAAUAAAUACGAUAUUCAAAGUA